UUCCAUUCUUCUUUGAAACCUUCGCCUGAUCAUUGAAUGCAGCUUCGUUUUCAUAAAUAGAGCAAAUACUUUUCACUUCUCUUCCCAGUCUCUGAGCUGAGUUUAUCGGCCAGGAUAGCCAUGGCUAUUCAUGGGGCGUGGAUUUUGAUUACGUUGAUGAGUAUUUGGUGCGUUGAAUCUAAGUAUAUGGUUUACAAUACUACGUCUAAGAUAGUUCCUGGGAAACUCAAUGUUCAUUUGGUUGCUCAUUCGCAUGAUGAUGUUGGUUGGUUAAAGACUGUUGAUCAGUACUACGUCGGGUCCAAUAAUUCCAUUCAGGGAGCUUGUGUUCAGAAUGUCUUGGAUUCUAUUGUGCCUGCAUUGUUAGCUGACAAGAACAGGAAGUUCAUUUACGCUGAACAGGCAUUUUUCCAGAGAUGGUGGAGAGAUCAGAGUGAAACCGUUCAAGAGAUUGUAAAGCAGCUCAUCAACUCUGGUCAACUUGAGUUAAUAAAUGGAGGAAUGUGCAUGCAUGAUGAAGCUGCCCCACACUACAUCGACAUGAUCGAUCAAACAACUCUCGGACAUCGAUUUAUCAAACAAGAAUUCAACAUCACCCCUAGGAUUGGUUGGCAAAUUGAUCCCUUUGGACAUUCUGCAGUGCAAGCUUAUUUGUUGAGUGCAGAGGUUGGAUUCGAUUCACUUUUCUUCGGGCGAAUUGAUUACCAAGACAGAGGUAAAAGGAAAGAUGAGAAGAGCCUUGAAGUUGUUUGGCGAGGAUCAAAGAGUCUUGGCUCAUCAGCACAGAUAUUUGCUGGUGCAUUCCCCAAGAAUUAUGAGCCUCCUAGUAAUUUCUACUAUGAAGUUAAUGAUGAUUCACCUAUUGUCCAGGAUAACAUGGAGCUGUUUGAUUACAAUGUCCCCGAGCGUGUGAAUGAGUUUGUAGCGGCUGCUUUGUCUCAGGCUAACAUAACUCGAACAAAUCAUGUGAUGUGGACUAUGGGAACAGAUUUCAAGUAUCAAUAUGCGCACACAUGGUUCCGGCAAAUGGACAAGUUCAUCCAUUAUGUUAAUCAAGAUGGACGUGUGAAUGCCCUAUAUUCAGCCCCAUCGAUAUAUACUGAUGCAAAAUAUGCAACAAAUGAGGCUUGGCCACUGAAGACUGAUGACUACUUUCCAUACGCAGACUAUAUAAAUGCCUACUGGACCGGAUAUUUUACUAGCAGGCCUGCACUCAAAGGCUAUGUUAGAAGAAUGAGUGGCUACUAUUUGGCAGCAAGACAAUUGGAAUUCUUUAAGGGAAAAAGUAAAGCCGGACCGAACACUGACUAUUUAGCGGAUGCUUUGGCUCUUGCUCAACAUCAUGAUGCAGUCAGUGGCACUUCAAAACAGCAUGUGGCUAAUGACUAUGCAAAAAGACUAUCCAUUGGCUAUGAGAAGGCUGCAAAAGUGGUGGAAACAUCACUUGCGUCUAUAACAAGGCCUUCUUCAAAGACUGAGAGUGGGAGCCCAGUGGCCAAAUUUCAGCAGUGUCUUCUUCUGAAUAUAAGUUAUUGUCCUGCGUCUGAGGUUGAUCUGUCAAAUGGCAAAAAUCUGGUGGUUGUUGUCUACAAUUCUUUGGGAUGGAAACGAGAGGAGGUUAUACGAAUUCCAGUUAUCGAUGAGAAUGUUAUCGUUAAGGAUCAUGGAGGAAACGAAAUCAAAUCACAGCUUCUACCUCUGCAAAAAGCUUCUUUGGACAUAAGAGAUUACUAUUCCAUGGCUUAUUUGGGGAAAUCCCCAAGUGUUACCCCGAAGUAUUGGCUUGCAUUUUCAGCAUCUGCACCUCCUCUUGGGCUUAACACUUACUUCAUCUCAAGCGGCCAACGAAAAGAAACAACCAUAGCAACUUCCUCAAAGUACCAUGUAGCAUACGGUUCUAAAGGUAAACAAAAAGAUGUAAUCGAAGUAGGGCCAGGCAACCUGAAACUUGUCUAUUACGCCAACCAACCAAAACUUAUUGGAUAUGUUAGUAGCAAAAAGAUGAUAAAAGAAUCUGUAAGGCAAUCAUAUAGCUUUUAUGCUGGCUCCACUGACAAAAAACAGGCCUCUGGAGCAUACAUCUUUCGACCAAACGGCACGUAUUCUACUAAACCUGAUGACCAGGCUUCUUUUACUAUUUUACGGGGACCUAUAUUGGAUGAAGUACAUCAGAGAAUCAAUUCGUGGAUAUAUCAGAUCACAAGAGUGUACAAGGAGAAGGAGUAUGCUGAAUUUGAGUUUACUGUUGGUCCUAUACCGAUCAAUGAUGGAAUUGGAAAAGAAGUUGUGACUCAGAUUUCAACACCUAUGAAAACCAACAAAACAUUCUAUACGGAUUCCAGUGGUCGAGAUUUCCUUGAACGGAUUCGAGACUAUCGAAAAGAUUGGACCUUAGACGUGAAUCAGCCUGUUGCAGGAAACUAUUACCCUAUUAAUCUUGGGAUGUAUAUGAAAGAUGACAAUAAGGAGCUUUCAGUCUUAGUUGAUCGAUCCGUGGGUGGAGCCAGCAUUAAGGAUGGUCAAUUGGAACUAAUGCUCCAUAGGAGGUUGCUUCGAGAUGAUGGAAGAGGUGUUGCAGAAGCCCUAAAUGAAACAGUUUGUGUACUAAAUGAGUGCAGUGGACUAACAAUCGUAGGAAAGUAUUACCUCAGAAUCGAUCCUCUCGGAGAGGGAGCGAAGUGGCGUCGAUCAUUUGGUCAGGAGAUUUACUCUCCAUUUCUCGUAGCCUUUACUGAGCAGGGAGGAGAUGGAUGGACUAAUUCCCACGUCUCAUCCUUUUCCGGGAUGGAUCCGUCCUAUGUUUUACCCGAUAAUGUUGCCAUGAUAACCCUCGAGGAAUUGGACAAUGGAAAAGUUCUUCUCCGGCUUGCACACUUAUACGAGGUUGGGGAGGACAAGGAUCUCUCAGUCAUGGCGUGGGUACAGCUUAAAAAAGUAUUCGUACAUAAGAAGAUAAAUAAAGUGACAGAGAUGAGUCUAUCUGCCAACCAAGGAAGAGCAGAAAUGGAAAGGAAAAGGCUGGUUUGGAAAGUGGAAGGCUCCUCCGAAGAAGCUCCAAAAGUGGUGAGAGGAGGACCGGUGGAUCCGGCGAAAUUGGUGGUAGAACUUGCUCCGAUGGAAAUCCGUACAUUCGUAAUGGAGUUGGACUAGAAGACAACAAGUAAGUUAUGUUCGGUGUUCCCGGACGAAAAAUGACAGAUGGAAUGGGACUGGUAGUUGGCAGUAAGAUUUGCUUUGAUGACUGUAUUUUGGUGUUUUUUUUUAAGGCCUCCAAAUUUCGGGUCGCUCAGGCAAACAGCCUGUUGUAACAUUAAAUAAACCAUAUUUUCGGUUUCUC